GGGUGCCCGCCCCUUCCCAUCAGUCCUCGGUGCUCCCAGCCUUUCCCUCUCCUAGUUAGUUCUCCAUCAGGCCCUGCUGGGUGCAGUGUGUGGUUCCGGGAGCUGUUCUGUGGGUGACGGUGACGCAGGCGCAGCUCGAGCUGCGCGCGCCGACCGUCCAUUCUCGGCUGUCCCGGUUUCUUCGCGUCUAUCCGGCCCCGUCGCCAAGAGCCCUCAGUCUCCUCACCCUCCUCGACUUCCCCGUCGCGCGCCCGAGGCAAGGGGCGGGCCCAGAUCUCCCAGGGUACCUGCUGGCUGGACCGCGAGACUAACGGCCGCGACCGCUUCCAGGCCCCCUCAGCCAGCGCCAUGGGUGACAGUGAUGACGAGUAUGAUCGAAGGCGCAGGGACAAGUUUAGACGAGAGCGCAGCGACUACGACCGUUCCCGGGAGAGAGAUGAAAGACGUCGAGGGGAUGAUUGGAAUGACCGAGAGUGGGACCGUGGCCGGGAGCGCCGCAGUCGGGGCGAAUAUCGUGACUAUGACCGGAAUCGGCGAGAGCGCUUCUCCCCUCCCCGGCAUGAGCUCAGUCCCCCGCAGAAGCGCAUGCGGCGAGACUGGGAUGAGCACAGCUCUGACCCAUACCACAGUGGCUAUGAGAUGCCCUAUGCUGGGGGGGGUGGGGGCCCAGCUUAUGGCCCCCCUCAGCCCUGGGGCCACCCAGACGUCCACAUCGUGCAGCACCCUGUUCUGCCUAUCCAGGCCAGGCUGGGCAGCAUAGCAGAGAUCGACUUGGGCGUGCCGCCCCCUGUGAUGAAGACCUUCAAGGAGUUCCUGCUGUCCCUGGAUGAUGCUGUGGACGAGACUGAGGCAGUCAAGCGCUACAAUGACUACAAGCUGGACUUCCGGAGGCAGCAGAUGCAAGACUUCUUCCUGGCUCACAAGGAUGAGGAGUGGUUUCGGUCUAAGUACCACCCAGAUGAGGUGGGGAAGCGUCGGCAGGAAGCCCGAGGGGCUCUGCAAAACCGACUAAGGGUGUUCCUGUCCCUCAUGGAGAGUGGCUGGUUUGAUAAUCUUCUGUUGGACAUAGACAAAGCUGAUGCCAUUGUCAAGAUGCUGGAUGCAGCUGUGAUUAAGAUGGAAGGAGGUACAGAGAAUGAUCUGCGGAUCCUGGAGCAGGAGGAGGAGGAGGAACAGGCAGGAAAGCCUGGGGAUCCCAGCAAGAAAGAGGAAGGCCGUGUCGGACCAGGCCUGGGUGAUGGAGAGCGCAAGGCCAACGAAAAGGACGAUAAGAGAGAAGACGGCAAACAGGCUGAAAAUGAUGGUUCCAGUGAUGACAAAACCAAGAAGUCUGAAGGCGAUGGGGACAAAGACGAGAAGAAGGAAGACACCGAGAAAGAAGCCAAAAAGAGCAGCAAGAAGCGGAAUAGGAAGCACAGUGGCGAUGACAGCUUUGACGAAGGCAGUGUGUCCGAGUCGGAGUCAGAGUCUGAGAGUGGCCAGGCCGAGGAGGAGAAGGAGGAGGCUGAUGAAACACUCAAGGAAAAGGAGAAGCCCAAGGAAGAAGAGAGGGAGAAGCCUAAGGACGCCCCUGGGCUGGAAUGCAAACCCCGACCCUUGCAUAAGACGUGCUCUCUCUUCAUGCGCAACAUCGCGCCCAACAUCUCCCGGGCUGAGAUCAUUUCUCUUUGUAAACGAUAUCCAGGCUUUAUGCGUGUGGCAUUAUCGGAGCCCCAGCCGGAGAGGAGGUUUUUCCGCCGUGGUUGGGUGACCUUUGACCGCAGCGUGAACAUUAAGGAGAUCUGUUGGAACCUGCAGAAUAUCCGACUCCGGGAGUGUGAGCUGAGCCCUGGCGUGAACAGAGACCUGACUCGUCGUGUCCGCAACAUCAAUGGUAUCACCCAGCACAAGCAGAUCGUGCGCAACGACAUCAAGCUGGCAGCCAAGCUGGUCCACACACUGGACGACAGGACCCAGCUCUGGGCCCCGGAACCCGGGACGCCUGCCCUGCCAGCGAGUCUGCCCUCGCAGAACCCUAUCUUGAAGAAUAUCACUGACUACCUGAUUGAGGAGGUGAGCGCUGAGGAGGAGGAGCUGCUGGGGAGCAGUGGGGGGGCCCCUCCUGAGGAGCCUCCGAAGGAAGGGAAUCCUGCAGAGAUCAACGUGGAGCGGGAUGAGAAGCUGAUCAAGGUAUUGGACAAACUCCUCCUCUAUUUGCGCAUUGUGCAUUCCCUGGAUUAUUAUAACACGUGCGAGUACCCCAAUGAGGAUGAAAUGCCCAACCGUUGUGGCAUCAUCCACGUUCGGGGGCCUAUGCCACCCAACCGCAUCAGCCAUGGGGAAGUCCUAGAGUGGCAGAAGACAUUUGAGGAGAAACUGACUCCGCUGCUGAGUGUGCGAGAAUCUCUUUCAGAGGAAGAGGCCCAGAAGAUGGGUCGCAAAGACCCUGAACAGGAAGUGGAAAAGUUUGUGACCUCCAACACCCAGGAACUGGGCAAGGAUAAGUGGCUAUGCCCUCUCAGUGGCAAGAAAUUCAAGGGCCCCGAGUUUGUACGUAAACAUAUCUUCAAUAAGCAUGCAGAAAAGAUUGAGGAAGUAAAGAAGGAAGUGGCCUUUUUUAACAACUUUCUCACUGAUGCCAAGCGCCCUGCUCUGCCCGAGAUCAAGCCGGCUCAGCCACCGGGCCCUGCCCAGAUACUCCCCCCAGGUCUGACUCCGGGACUUCCCUACCCACACCAGACUCCCCAGGGCCUGAUGCCCUAUGGUCAGCCCAGGCCCCCCAUCUUGGGCUAUGGAGCUGGUGCUGUUCGCCCUGCGGUCCCUACAGGAGGACCCCCAUACCCCCAUGCUCCCUAUGGUGCUGGCCGAGGAAACUAUGAUGCCUUCCGAGGCCAGGGAGGUUACCCUGGGAAACCUCGAAACAGGAUGGUCCGUGGAGACCCACGGGCCAUUGUGGAAUACCGUGACCUGGAUGCUCCAGAUGAUGUUGACUUCUUUUGACUCACCUACUCUUCCUCACUCCUGGUAUCAUCUGUACUUGUGACUGCCUUGUCUUAUCCAGCUCUGAGAAGUUUUUGUACGUUCAGCCCUACUGCCAGUAAAAGCAUUUGCGUGGUGA